CAAGCAAUUUCCCAUGAGCCACCUUUGUUUUCAGUUUGUCGAGUUGGUUUUAUAGAGUUCUUUUUACUAUGAGGUAACGAUGAUACGGAAACUGAGACUAUUGAUUGUUAUAUUGGCAUGCAUAUGUGUCAUAUUGACUAUUAUUAACUAUGCCCCCCACCCACACAUUUUAUCCCUUAAUGAAAAAUUGCACUCUUUCGGAAGAAGCCGACAUCCUCUGUUUGUUAUUGAGCCCAAUAAUGUCGAGUUUCACUUUACUAACCCCAAGGGGAUAUCCGGUAAUUCCAAUCAAGUAGUUGAGCGGAAUAAGAGACGGUAUCAGCAGUUGUUUUCACAGGAGAUCACCGAGCCAUUAGAUUGCGAGUUACACAGACCAGGCACACAAUACAAGAAAGCAAAUGCCACGAUUAUAGCCCUCGUGCGAAACAACGAGGGCGUCAAGUUGGGGCGAACCAUAAAGUCAUUGCAGCAAAAGUUCAACAAUAGAUUUAAUUAUCCAUAUACGUUUAUAAAUGAUCAGCCAUUCACCGACGGUUUCAAGGCGAAGAUCAUGAGAUAUGUCGGAGAUAACACCCCUGUGGAGUUUGUAACUAUUCCGGAGAAGCUCUGGGAUAAACCAGACUCUAUAGACGUCAAUAGAGAGACUAUAGCAAUGAGCGCGUUGGCCAAGGAGAAUGUGGCAUAUGCUCAUAAAGCAUCGUAUCAUAAUAUGUGUCGAUUCUACCUGGGGAACUUCUACAAUGUGCCGGAAUUGCAAAAGUACAAGUACUAUUGGCGGAUUGAACCCAAUGUAGAUUUUUACACCGAUCUUAACUACGACGUGUUCAAGUAUAUGGAAGAUACCAAGAAGGUGUAUGGGUUCACUAUUGGUCUUGCUGAUAUUCACCAGUCUAUAAAGACAUUAUGGCCAGAGACACUAGCUUAUUUGAAUACCGAUGACAACUACAAGUAUAUCAACCCCAAUGGGUCAUUCCAGUGGCUAGUUGAUCCAUUGCAAAACCCCAUAAAACAUCAAGUUACAGGUGGUUACUCCACCUGUCACUUUUGGUCAAACUUUGAGAUUGGCGACAUGGACUUUUUCCGGGGCGAAGCGUACAAUAACUGGUUCAAGUAUUUGGACUCCACGGGUAAAUUCUACUACGAGCGAUGGGGAGACGCGCCGGUGCAUUCCAUUGGUGUGAGUUUGUUUGCACCCAGCGAUAAAGUGCAUUGGUUUAGAGACAUUGGGUAUUUUCAUGAUCCGUAUUUCAAUUGUCCGAAUAACAAGUUUACCAGCGGGUGUAAAAUAGGCAAGUUCAGUCUUUGGGAACAUUUAUGGGAUCAGAAUUGUGUGAGUGCUUGGGCGGAUUAUCAUAUGAAGGAGGGGGUGUACUAGGCAAACAAGAGUCUUUAGAUGUUUUUAUUUUCUUUCAAAAACAUCUACCAGGCUUCACCCGGUGUACUUUUACUCUUUUAUCUUUUUGGGUAGCCCCUUCGGCUAUGGACUUGAUAGAAUAUAUAUUUUAUAAAACUUUAUUUUCAAUCACGCGUUUGGCUACGCCGAUGGCUCGUUAUUUUCUAUAUACUUCCUCUAACUAAAUAUAAAGUAUCGCCAUUUCUAAAACUCAGCUUGGCACUGGUAGCAACAACUUUCGGCUCGUCAUUCUCCAACUUGAAAAUAUUCAAUUUAUCUUCUGCAGCAGUCACCACAUUAUUUUUAUUAGUAAUGUGCAACGCAUCAGCAAUGGAAUCUAGUGAUCUACCCACCACCCAGUUCUUAUUUAUAAACACCGCCUUUCUGUUUUGUUGAAUGUCGAGUUUUUCCUCAGGAUUACUAAUGUACAAUACCCACACGUAGAUUCUGUCGGCAGCACUGAUUUUCGCAUCUCCCUUGGCGACCUUCUUGAGGGUGGCUAUUUCCGCAUAGUUACUCUUCGAAGCACUACUACUCUUGAAUAUCUUAAACACGCCUCCAGCUUUAGUGGUGUUCUGUAUGGUCAAGAAUUUUUGAAACUUUUUGAAUGCACUGGAAUUGCCCUUGGCAGCAUCACCUACUCUAAACAGCUUUUCCAAGAUUGUUGUUGGUCUAGGUGAUUGGCUGUGCAAUCUCUCGUUGAUUCUCUUUUUGUCGGCUUCACGAUCAGGGAAUAAGGUCUUGGAAGACACACCCAGUGGCGGACUCACUGAUCUGGUUGGUGAGCGAUCAAACAUGUCUCUGUUGACACAAUCAUGCUGAUCAAUCUUGCGGUGGUUGGAACAGAAUGUCUGUUUGCAGAACUCACAGACAAAGGGGAGAAAGUCUAGUUGGUUACAAUAACUGCAAUUCUUACCUAUGUCUAUUAUUCCCUGAUCUUUGGUUGGAUGUUGUGUUUUAUCGAUAAAUAAGUUUGUUGUUGACAUGAUGUAGCUGGUA